CACUUUUUUGCAUAAUGAACAAGACAGUUAGGAAGUUCAUGAAGUGAAAUGACUCUUUCGCCAUAUGUCCUUGUCACCUUCGCUGGUGAUACGAAUUGUUCCUGAUGAAGGGGAAGCUGUAGACUGGACAGUUCAUCAGAAUAUCAUUUUUCGAGAUGUGUUGGAGGCAAUAUCACAGGUGAUGCCUCAUGCUACAGCCACUGCAUUUGAAUAUGAAGAUGAAGAAGGAGAUAGAAUCACUGUUAGAGGUGAUGAAGAACUUCAGGCCAUGAUCAAUGGGCACACCUGGAUGAACUGUGAAAGGCAAAGAAGAGGAGUUUCACCAGAGCCAUUAAUAGUUUAUCCUAAAGCUUGUAGAACCUCAAGAAGAAGGAAUUUUUGUGGACUUACUGUCAACACAAAGGCAGCUGCAGUAAACAAUGCUGUACCAACUAAUGCAAGUCUGCCUACAGAAAGCUCACACAAACCAGAGAGGGGAGACAUACAGAUUAUUUUAGAAAAUGGUCAGGUAUCUCACACUGAUAUUCAGUAUCUUGACAUUUUGGGCCAUGGAAAUGGAGGAACAGUUUAUAGGGCAUUACACACAAGCACAAGUAGAAUAAUUGCAGUAAAGGUGAUUCCUCUAGAUGUAACCCCUGAUGUGCAGAAACAGAUCAUAUCUGAAUUGGAAAUACUUUUCCAGCUUUUUUCUAGAUCAUUUCCAUAUAUUCCUGACUUGUGGAGGAGGAGGGCUGCCGCAUUUCCCUUCUCAUUCAUCCCGUCACCGGGGCCAGUUAGGAUAUCUAUUUGUACAGAAUAUAUGGAUGGAGGUUCUUUAGACCAGUAUGGCUGCAUACCUGAACCAGUUCUGGGAAGAAUUGCAGUCUCGGUGGUCAAAGGACUGCUUUAUUUGUGGGAGCUGAAAAUUAUGCACAGAGAUGUGAAACCCUCGAAUAUUUUAGUGAGCACAAGAGGUCAAGUAAAAUUAUGUGACUUUGGUGUCAGUCGACAGCUGGUCAAUUCAAUUGCUACAACUUACGUUGGAACUCAUGCUUACAUGGCGCCUGAACGCAUACAAGGAGAUGAAUACAGCAUUCGUUCGGAACUCUGGAGUCUUGGCGUGUCUCUUCUUGAGAUGGCUUUGGGAAGGUUUCCUUACCCAACGGAAUGCUGGUUAGACUACGGGGAUCUCCUUCGUCAAAUAUGGGACGAGUCGAGGUGUUAUGGAAACGAAUCGGCGCUAGACCAAUGUGCUUGGGAUUUCUUCGUCUAUUCCUGGUCAAGUGCUUACAGUAACUGUGCAAAUGUUAGGUGUAGCAAUAGUAUGGCUGGUUCAGGAAUGCUGGUUAGGCUACGGGGAUCUCCUUCGUCAAAUAUGGGACGAGUGGAGGUUUAUUAUCAAGGAAUUUGGGGUUCAAUUUACGCCUCCGGCUGGGAUAUAAAAGAUGCUACAAUUGUCUGCAGGCAGCUAGGAUACACCGCAGCAUCAUUGGCGGGAAGCCGAUUAUUUUGCUCAAGUACUUUGUUUUCAAACUUCAGGUGUUAUGGAAACGAAUCGGCGCUAGACCAAUGUGCUUGGGAUUUCUACGUCUAUUCCUGGUCAAGUGCUUACAGUUACUGUGCAAAUGUUAUGUGUAGCAAUACUAUACGGGCUGGUUCAGGAAUGCUGGUUAGGCUACGGGGAUCUCCUUCGUCAAAUAUGGGACGAGUGGAGCCAAUACCGUUACUUCAAUGCAUCGUUCACGAGAACCCGCCGCGGUUACCUGAGGACAAAUUCUCACCAGCUUUUGUGGAUUUCGUGUCUCAGUGCAUGCAGAAAAAUCCCAUAUCAAGAUUGACUCCAGAAGCGGUUUUGGCUCAUCCUUUCAUUGCAUCAAAUGAUGAUGGUAAAGUGGAUAUGAUAUCUAUGUGGGUUUGUCGCCAGCUGGAACAGAGACGAUCAUGCGCACAGAGCAUGGACUCACCUAAUUCCGAAUCAUCCUGAUCAACUUCGCAUCGCUUGGCUUUACGUCUAAAAUUAUACAUAAUUUAAAAGUUUAUUUUCUAAGGAUGUACGUCUUGACAAAGAAUCUUAGAGGUCAACAAUUGGCUACCACGAUUAGGGACAGCUUAGUCCCACGGUGGCUAUAACAUCAGAAACAUGUUUACAAUGGUCAUCUGACGAAAGCGCUCACAAAGCGGCUAUGAUCAGUGAUCGUGUUUUGUGGUCCUGUUCAUCACUAUUUUAGACUCAGUUCGUCGCUAAGCACUGUCGUCUCCGCUUUUUAGUAGUCAGUUGUAUA